AUGCCGCUGCUGGAGUUCGCCCCCCUGCGCGUCCCGCUGCGGCGCCGCCUGCAGACCCUGGCCGUGCUGCAGUGGGUCUUCUCCUUCCUCCUCCUCGGCCAGCUGUGCACCGUGCUGUUCGUGCUGGCGCUGCGCGGCCCGCUCUGGCUCCCCGCGCUGCUCUACGGGCUGUGGCUGCUGGCGGACCGGGACACGCCCCGCCGCGGGGGGCGCCCGUGCGCCUGGGUGCGCGCCUGGCCCGUCUGGAACCACUUCCGGGACUACUUCCCCAUCUCGCUGAUCCGCACGGUGCCGCUGGACCCCGGCCGCAAUUACGUGUUUGGGUUUCACCCCCACGGCGUUUUGGCCGCCGGAGCCUUCGGGAAUUUCUGCACCGAGGCCACCGGGUUCGGGCGCCUCUUCCCGGGGCUGCGGCCGCGGCUGCUGACGCUGCCCUGCUGGUUCCGCCUGCCGCUCUUCAGGGACUACGCCAUGGCCGGCGGCCUGGUCUCGUCGGAGGCCUCGAGCCUGGAGCACCUGCUGGCCGGGCCCGGCGGCCUCGCGGCGUGUCCGCUGGGGGGCCCGGGGCCGCUCGAGGCCCGCGGGCCGGCGCGGCUGCAGCUGCUGCGCCGGAGGGGCUUCGUCAGGAUCGCCCUCAAAUACGGCGCCCCGCUGGUGCCGGUGUUCAGCUUCGGGGAGAACGAGCUGUUCCUGCAGGUGCCCAACCCGCCGGGCUCGCGGCGCGGCCCUGCAGGGCGGCUGCAGCGCCUGCUCGGCGUGGCGCUGCCGCUCUUCCACGCGCGCGGCGUCUUCCAGUACAGCUUCGGCCUGCUGCCCUUCCGCCGGCCCAUCCACACCGUGGUGGGGGCGCCGCUGGAGCUGCCGCGGGUGCUGCAGCCCUCGGCGGAGCAGGGUUCCCCCAAAUUUCGGGGUGCCCCCCGGGGGGGUUCCCCCAAUUUUUCUGCCCUUUCCCCGCCCCCCCCCGGCCGCUCCCGGCUCCUUCCCCCGCCCCGGGCAAAGUUCGGGGCUCGCUCGGGACGUGGCGCCCGCGCAGCGAUGGCGGCGACUUUGGGUUCCGUGCUGCAGGCGCUGAGCGUCGUUCAAUGGAUGCUGACCUUCCUCUUCCUCGGGCCGGGCUCGGCGCUGGCGCUGCUGCUGCUGCUCCGGACGCGGCUCUGGAUCGUCCCCGUCACCUACGCGGGGUGGUGGCUCUGGGACUGGCACGGGCCCGAGCGCGGGCCCCGGCACUGGGACUGGCUGCGCAACUGGCGCCUCUGGGACCAUUUCUGUGACUACUUCCCCAUCACGGUGGUGCGGGAGUGUCCCCUCCCCCCCGGGCGCAGUUACGUGCUCCCCGCUCAACCCCACGGCAUUUCCUGCAUCGGCGUCUUCGGCGCCUUCGUCACCGGCGGCUGCGGCGCCGCGGGCAGGUCCGACCUUGAAUCUGACCCCAAAUCCGACCCCAAAUCUGGGACUGACCCCGAAUGUGACCCCAAAUCUGAUUGGGAUGACCCCAAAUCCCAUUGGGACCCCGAACCCGACCCCAAAUCCUUUUGGGGUGACCCCAAACCCGAGGGGGGUCCCUGCCCGGGGCUGCGCCCCAACCUGGCCGCGCUGGAGGGGCUGUUCCGGCUGCCGAUCUACCGGGAAUACGCCAUGGCCGCCGGGCUGUGCCCGGUCAGCCGGCGCUGCCUGGACGCCGUCCUGGCCCGGCGCUCCCAGGCCCUGCUCAUCGUGGUCGGGGGCGCGGCCGAGGCGCUCGAGGGGACCCCGGGGCGUCACCGCGUCACCCUGCGCCCCCCCAGCGGCCAGCGCGCCUGCGGCGCUGCGGCACGG